GAAUCAUUGAGAAAUUCGACUUGAAGAAUGACAAAUGCAAGAUCACUGCAUAAGAUGAAAGAUGAGUGAUAAGUCAUAUCUGAACUAGGUAAUUAGAGAUUCUAUCAUGUGUUUACCGAGCUGUCUACACAGAUUGAUAUAUAUAUGCAGGAGAUACACUUAUGAGUUGAAUGAAGCCUUGAUCGAUAAGACAUUCUAUCCUACCAACCAACAAAGCAAUCAAGACCGGUCCUUGAAAUCCCUUAAAUCCGGACAUAACAACCAUAGGUACUCCCAAAUACCUACCUGCCUAAGGUAGUGAGUGUAGUUUAGCAUGUCCGAAACCAUGAAUGCGAUAGUCAUAUCCUCCUUCGGCGGCCCCGAAGUCCUCACGUACCAAACCGUCCCCAAGCCCGCCCCAUCCCCCGGCGAGGCGCUAAUCCGCGUGCGCGCCUUCGGCGUCAACCACGCGGAGACGCACAUGCGGCGCGGGGAGUGGGACGAGCACCACCCGAUCACGGGGCUCGAGUGCGUCGGCACGGUGGCGUCGUGCCCCGGGGGCGAGCUGCCCCUCGGCGCCAAGGUCGUCGGCGUGAUGGGCGGGCUCGGCCGGACGCGGCCGGGCGGGUACGGGGAGUUCGCCAGCGUGCCCGUGGCCAACGUCGUCCCCGUCGAGACGGGCCUGGCCUGGGAAGACCUCGCGGCGCUGCCGGAGGUCUACUGCACGGCUUGGACGUGCUUGUUCGCCGUGCUCGACCUGAAGCCCCGGGACACGCUGCUGGUUCGCGGCGCGACAAGCACAGUGGGGCAGGCCGCGCUGCACCUGGCUGUUGACACGGGAGCUGUCGUUACGGCGACGACGAGGCGGGAGGAACGGUUUGGGUGGCUGAAAGGAUUGGGUGCUGCGGAGACCGUGCUCGAACAAGAGAAUCUGGACGAGUUUCUCCUAGGAAAGGGGCACCCGCGCUUCGACAAGACACUGAACCUGGUCGGGAAUCGCGUGUUGCUAGAAUCCAUCCGCCUAACGCGCACCGGCGGACGGAUGCUACAAGCAGGGUGGUUAGGCGGACUAGCACCCGUAGAGGGCUUUAAUCCCAUGGUUCAGAUGGAAUCUGGGGUUCACUUCAGCUUGUUCCACAGCAAGGUACUAGGCACACCCGAGUUCCCCUUAUCAGCUAUUCCCCUGCAGGACAUCAUAAAGAAAAUUGAGAAUGGCGCGUGGGACGCUAAACCUGCGAAGGUGUUCGAGUACCAGGAUAUUCAGAGCGCGCAUGGGAUGCUUGAUACGCAUGAUGCUGGGGGUAAACUCGUCGUCAAGCAUCAAUUUUAAGAAUGUACCUAGGUAUUCAUUGUAUCGUAACCCUAUUCAAUAGCUUUGGAGUUCUGUCCGCAGUGCAGGGGUAGCUAAAUGCUAAAAGAAUUCAUUCUCGUCCUCGCUCUUAGCUGUGCUACUACGGUAUUCUAAGUAAUACCUACCUCUAGUUAGAAAUCUACCUACAGUACGGUACCUAA